AUGUAUUUGAAAAGACUUCAUAUUUUAAAAAAUAUUUUUGACGAAUCUGAUGGAAUAACUAAUGUAAAAUUAAUCGACGCUAGAUGUAACAUUACAUAUAUUAUUUCAAAACUAUUAAAAGAUGUGCCAUCAGCUAUUGAAGAAUUAAGGUGCUCAAAUAUAAAUUGUAUUAAUGCUGAAAAAAACUUAUCAAGCCCAACAAUAAUAUUAAAUUUUUGCGGAGGCUUCAAUAAUAUGAAUACAGCUUUAAAUAAGUACAUACAACCAAUCACUUAUCUAUGUACUGAAGGAUAUUGUGAUGGAACAUUAACAUCUACCCGAUUCAUCCAGCAACAUUUAUUUAUUGAAACUGAAAUAUAUGAAAAUUCACGGCAAUUUUCACUAAAUUAA